AUGAAUCCAUGUUCAAUGAAUGUGUCAUAUCGUCGUGUAGCGAUAGAGAAGGGCACUUCUGAGGUAUUCUACGUGGGAAAAACCAGAUCCCAGCUGCACGGGACGAGCUCACCGGCUGCAGAAACGGCCGCUUCCACCUCCGGCAAUCGACAGCCUCAACGUCAACGCCGCCAUAUGGUUGACGAGCUCAACACUCCACAACCAACGCUUAGUUCAUCACGCGAGUUGGAUGCAGCCAUCCAUACCCCUGUAGUUCAAACCUCGAAGUAUCUAGGGAAAUAUCUGAGCGUCCUGUGUCGAGAUCUCCAAGUGUAG